UGUAGGGUUCCUUCCUGAAUCCUCCCGCGUGCUUAGCGCGCCGUUCACCCUUGCUCCAUCAAGACUCUGAAUAGUUACCGCAUUUCGGCUCGUCCUUGGGAACAAAAUCCGGCAUAUAUCGUGCCGCCACCAGUUGCGCCGAAUCGCGCAGAUCACCCAAGUUGCCCGCUCAUCUCGAUGUCUGAUUCAUCCCCAUCCGGGGCGGUUAGUGAAGGUGGAGCGGCGUCGAGCGCGCACGACUUCGCGACGGCGACGGCGACGGCGACGGUGCCCAAAGACACGACCACACACGUGCACUAUGCGCCCAGCAUUGACGCCAAUCUCGCCGGCGCCGCGCCGCGAGGUUCGCUAUCAGACCCCGCCAAGUUCCCUCUCGGCCGCUCUGAAACCGGAGCGACAAUCAGUCCCAUCAUUCGACGCCGCACAGCGCGGGUUGGAACCUUCAGACCCGUGGAUGACUUUCAAGAUUUCGAGCCGCGACCUGGUUGGCAUCCUGGCUCUGAACCAGGCGUGGACCCCAGUAAACCUGAUGGAGGGCAUGCCUCUAUGCCAACACUGAGCGCUCCCUGCGAUAUCACCGUCGUCGACUUCUCUGACGAUCAGCUCUCCCUGCAGAGACUUGAUAACGAGUCGCUUACACCGUUUCUGAACCAGCCGAAACCCUCCUGGGCGAAAUGCCGCUGGAUCAAUGUCAACGGCCUCAGCUGGGAUGUUAUUCAGACCCUGGGGCGCCACAAAAACCUGCAUAAACUGGCCAUUGAGGAUAUCAUGAACACGAGAAACAGAACUAAGGCCGAAUGGUAUCCAACGCACGCCUUCAUCGUGUUGACGCUCCAAAAAUUGGUCCAUAUAGACCAAUCUGACAGCGACGCCUCAGACUCGGACGAGGAUGGCGCAAGUCGGGCAAGCGGUUCGAGCAGGCGAGGUACGAGAUUCCCCAGGAGACUCCUCAGGAAGCUAAGGAGAGCAUUUCGCAAUGGAGACGACAGUGAUUUGGGUCCUAGCAAAGCAUCCGAUUCGGCCGAACUUGGCGGGUACCUCAAAUCACAGCCCACUGGAUUUUCCGAUGCUCCGGAUAUCGGUCAACUCCGUACUUUGCAGCGCUAUCAUGCACCGCCAAACGACGUGCGGGCGCAGUUCAUGGAGAAGCACUCCGCCCUUGCCUCAAGGAACCUCGCAGUGGCCUGCGAGCAGGUCUCUAUGUUCAUCACCAAUGAUAACGUCAUCAUUAGCUUCUUCGAGUUGUCAGGUCGAGACGUAGAGGCACCCAUUGUUCGACGUCUCCAGACAAGCGAUACCGUCAUCCGGCAAUCCUGUGACGCAUCCAUGGUUGGCCAGGCCAUCAUCGAUGCCAUUAUUGAUUUGGCGAUUCCUGUCGCCGGUUGCUAUGGCGAUGUAAUUGGGGAUCUUGAGCUGGACGUCCUUACGAGCCCCAACCUCAAUCACACCAGGGAGCUUUACGUUCUGAUUACUGAGAUCAACAAGAUGCUGGCGUUCAUCAGCCCCAUCACAACCCUCAUCAACACGCUGCGCGACCACGAGAUUGACCUGGCACAUGACGCUGCGAUGGCGAAACUGUUGGAUCCCAAUCACGAACCCAUCAUUACCCGACUGACCUACACGUAUCUCGGCGAUGUUCUGGACCAUUCCGUUUUGAUCACGGAGACGUUGAAUCAGAUCAAAAGCUCGGCCGAUAACCUGAUUGAUCUGAUUUUCAACACCAUCUCGGCUUACCAGAACAAGUCCAUGCAGCAGCUCACGGCGGCAACCAUCAUCUUCCUUCCCUUGACCUUCAUCACGGGGUACUUUGGCCAAAACUUUGAGCCGUUUAACGCCAUUUAUGAAGACGUUCAGUUGUUCUGGAAAAUCGCGAUUCCGACUGUUGUAGCAACCGUCCUCAUCGUGUUCAAUGAAGCCAUCUACGAUUAUUGGAAGAGGAUGCUUCAGCGCCAAAGAAUAUCACGCGAGAGGAAGCGGCGCUCGAGAAGAAGUGAUAGAAAGCGCCGUUGAAGGAUCGGCCGCUGACUUGGUGGGCGCUUCGACGUGACUGUCAAACAUUUACUACGGCACGACUUUAUGGCUUUCCUACUACUCCAUAUCAGGCAGUGAGUUUUGGCACUACUUAACACGCUGUCAGAGUCUUUUGAAGGUACAUCAGUGUUCGUCCGAACUGCCGAGUUCUCCGCAUUUUCUACCUCCGGAACGUACUUCCGGCACUUAUUCUUUUCCUGAGGAAAUACAUCUUGCCGCAUGGGUGGAGAAGUGUGGUGGGACCAGGGUCAAGGCGCGAUUGAAAUUCAGAUUCACAUCAUCCGUGUUUGACCUGCCCUCAAAUUUCACCAGAUUUUGUCCGUUUGCGCCUUUGGAGAAGGACUGAUCUCAUAUAUCUCAGGUCACGUAUUA